UUUUACUUGCACUUCUUUUGUUUUCUAAUAUUUGGCUAGUUUUUUGAAUUAAUUUGUGCUAAAAUUAAUCCAAUAACAAUAAAAUUCGUUUAGGUCAAACUAAAGUAUUCCUCUUUGGUUCUAAAUUUCAUAACCCACAAAAUUAAUCCAAGUCUUAUUAAAUUUAUUCAGCUUGACCAACAAGUAUGGUUUCAGCCGGAGCAAUUCGUUUUGCAGCUGGAAUUAUUGGUAAUAUAACAGCUUUGGUCUUGUUCUUGUCCCCAGUGCCAACAUUCAUAGGAAUAUACAAGAAGAAGACAGUGGAACAAUACUCACCAAUUCCAUAUUUAGCAACAUUUGUGAAUUGCAUGCUUUGGGUUGUGUAUGGCAUGCCAUUUAUCCACCCUCAUAGCAUUUUGGUGGUUACUAUAAAUGGGGCUGGAUUUUUCAUUGAACUACUUUUCUUAAUACUCUUUGUUAUUUACUCAGACAAGAAAAAAAGAAUCAAAAUUGUAUUAAUUGCAAUUGGUGAGAUCAUAAUAGUUGGUAUUAUGACUGCUUUGGUCCUCAGUUUUGCUCAUACCACUAAGCUUAGGUCUUCUGUUGUUGGUAUCAUUGGAGUAAUUUGCAACAUUCUCAUGUAUGCCUCUCCUUUGUCUGUUAUGAAAUUGGUCAUAAAAACAAAAAGCGUGGAAUACAUGCCCUUUACCUUAUCAAUGGCUGCCUUUGCCAAUGGCAUUGCAUGGACAAUCUAUGCUUUGUUUCCCUUUGAUCCUUACAUUGCGGCACCAAAUGGAGUGGGUUCAUUGUUUGCGUUAGUACAACUAAUAUUAUAUGCAACAUAUUACAAGUCCACCAAGGAGCAAUUAGCAGCAAGAAAAGCUAAAACAGCACUUGGCUUAUCAGAAGUUGUGUACAAUAAUGGAGACUCAGGAAAGGUGGGCCAAAAUGGACGGGCCCAAAUUCCGUAA